UGAGUCGUGCGAGUUUUGCUACAGUUUUCAUCGUGCAAAGGUGACGCCAGGAACGCUCCCAGCGCGAGUGUGUGUGUGUGUGUGUGUGUGUUUGUGUGAAGCGAUUACAGUUGGAGCAGUCCAUAAAACGUUUGUUUGUUUUUCGUUUUAUACCCCAUGAUAGUUCAUACGACUCUUUACAGUUUCUGAAUCCAGUAUCCAACUCGGCAAAGGUGACCGGAACCGUGUCCGAGCCCGGGAGCGCUUACCCCGAAGAACGUGUGUUCGCAUUUAUCGAUUUGUGUUCCCGGGGUGAAAACCGGAACAAAACUACCGGUACACACAAGUGUAAAGGAAGAAGAAACAGAAAAGAGCAGUAAUUCCUUGUGCCUGUGUUUGUGUGCGUGUGUAUGUGUGCUUGUGGCAGUACAAUUGUGUGAGCUGUUUUUCCUCCCUUUGCUGCAAAGGGCAAGAGGACGUGGGAGGACCCACCUGGACACUAGACACACACCCACACCUGGUGGAAAUUAAUUCCCUGUUCUGUGUGACAUUGUGAGCGAGCCGUACGUUGUGUGCUUGAAUAGUGCGACCACUUUUCCAGGGGGGUCACAGGGACGUCGGCAUCGAAAAUGACAUCAUUCUUCAACGUUGGGGCCCUCGGGGGCAACCCGUUCUCGACGCCCGUUGGACAGAAAGUUGAGCAAGCGACAGAUGCUAGUCUCGCCUCGGAAAACUGGGCACUCAACAUGGAAAUCUGUGAUAUGAUCAACGAAUCGUCGGACGGUGCCCGGGACGCGAUGAAGGCGAUAAGGAAGCGAUUGACGCAGAAUGCGGGCAAAAACUACACCGUCAUCAUGUACACGCUGACCGUGCUGGAAACGUGCGUGAAGAACUGUGGCAAAGCGUUCCACGUGCUGGUCGCGAACAAAGAGUUCAUCCAGGAGCUGGUGAAACUGAUCGGCCCGAAGAACGAUCCACCCCCGAUCGUGCAGGAAAAGGUGCUCAGUCUGAUACAGAUCUGGGCCGAUGCGUUCCGCUCCCAGCCCGACCUGAACGGGGUGGUGCAGGUGUACCAGGAGCUCAAGAACAAGGGCAUCGAGUUUCCGGCCACGGAUCUGGACGCGAUCGCACCGAUUUACACGCCGCAAAGGAGCGUCCCUGACGGUGCUCCAGCGACGGAAAGUGCAAACACUCUGCCGGUUUCACCACAUCACCAUCAUGCUUCACAAACGCCAGGAUCGCCAGCAAUGCCUCCACCGUCAUCGAUGUCGCAGGAUCAGAUCGCCAAGCUGCAGUCGGAGCUGGACAUCGUGGCAAUGAACAUGUCCAUCCUGGGCGAGAUGCUAACCGAGCUGAAGCCGGGUCAGGAAGAUGCGGCCGACUACAAGCUGCUGACCGAUCUAACUUCUACUUGCCGGGAAAUGCAAAACCGAAUCGUCGAUCUGAUCGGCAAGGUGCAGCACGACGAGCUGACCGCGGAGCUGCUCCGGUUGAACGACGAGCUGAACAAUCUGUUCCUGCGGCACGCCCGGUACGAGAAGAACCGCGACCCGAAGAAUGCCUCCAGCGCGACACCGUCCGCCAUCCUCGGGGCGGCGCUCGGUGCCGUUGAAAUGCGCGACCCGUCGCUGAUCGAUCUGAGCGAAGAGCCGGGCGCUACCGGUGGUGGUGGUGGUGGUGCGGCCGGACACAACGUGUCCACGCAGCUAGCAGGGCUUAGCCUGGCGGCGGCCGGUUCGACAGCGACCGCCUCGUCACAGCUUGCCCAGCUGACGAGCGUAACGGCCCAGUCCGGUUCGUCGAUUGGCGGGGCCAAGUCACCGAACAGGGCGACCACUGCCGGGGCACCGGCCGGCAGCAACAUUCCACCGGACGUCGUAUCGGACGAGUUCGAUAUGUUCGCCCAAUCACGAAACACUACCGGCGAGAAAGAACCUUCACACCGAUUAGAUGCUUUGGGUGCGCCGGCAGGCGCCAACACGGCAGCGCUGGGUACGAGGGAAUCGGAAUUUGACGAGAUCGAACAGUGGCUAGGAAAUCCGGACGACAUUGAUAACCUCGAGGCGCAAUUGGCGGCUGCCGGAGCGAUGGGCGGCGGUGACGGAGGCGCUGGCCACGGUGCCGGCACGGAGGAAAGCCUAACGAGCAAGGAGUUCGAAAAGUUCCUCGCCGAACGGGCGGCCGUAGCCGAAACGUUACCGACGAUCAGCAGCAGCAGUACCACCACCAGCAGCCCGGCAACCACGGCCAAAGAUCGCAAGAAAAAGUCCGACGAAACGGACGGUCUGCUAGCGCUGUGAAAAGCAGAUGCGCGGGGUGAUCGUGAUCGGGGAUAUCGGGGACACACUGUUUGUUUGCACGGGGAGGCGCCCCGGCAAGUUGUUUCGUUUGAUGGUUUUAUUUUGUAAUUAUUGUUUAAUAUAGUUUCUGCUCCAGUCGCGCGCGCGUUCCUUUGGAGGUAUUAGUGUUUGUUUGUUUUUUCACAUUUAGGGGUUUCCCAUAGGGCAAUAGAAAUGCAGACAGAGAGCUAGAUAGAGAGAGCGCAGAAUGUAAGGAGGUGGAUCGGGAUAGAAAGUUUUGGUGAAAAUAUUUAGUAAAAAGAAAAGCCAAAAAAACCCAAAAUUUAAAAAAAGGAAAGAGGGAGCAGCAUCGUCUCUGUUCUUGUUUUUAGAUUUGCACCUUUUUUUAUUAUUUUAUCGCCGUCACGGCACAGCGAAUGUGAGCCAUAUUAUACAUAUAUAAAAGCAAAAGUGCUGCUGCUAGCUACCACGUACGGAACUGGGAGGGACGCGGAAUCAUUAUGGGACGAAAACAGAAAAAAUACACACAGACAAACAAACAAAGACGCGAGCAUCGUAAUAGAAGGAGAAAAUAUAUUUAAUUGUGACCCUA